UCAGCACGUCAAGCACAGAGGAAGAAAACAACCGCGAAACGGGCUCCGAUCAUAACUUUAUAAACAUGGCAUCCAAAAAGCUUCCAGCUGUGCGGAAAGUAGAGAAAACAUCUUCAAGUGACUCAAAAAAUUCUUCCACCGAUAAUGAAGUCAGCAGUGGAAAUAACAGCGGCGCUAGGAGGAAAACCAAAACCUUUGGCACAAUCGUGAAGUCCCGGUACAUGCAAACUGAACCGAAGGCUCCUGCAAAGAACAGUGUACAGCAGCAAUCAAUACUGGUGCCACCCAAACCUUCCUCACCCAGAGUCAGCAGCACACGGAAGCCGAGAGAAGGCAUACAGUCAAGACGCACACUGAGCAAUCCUGCUGACCAUAAUGCUACCUCGAUGAUGAGCAUUCUGGAAUCCUCGAAUUUGGGAGGAAAUAUCUUGCAAUCGACUGUGUUGGAUGGCCACUGCAUACGUCCAGAUUUGGAUGUCUCUGUUAUCAAAGAUAAAGUUGCACCGCCAAGCGCAAUGGACCCCAAAAAUGAUGAAAGGGAUAUGGCGAUGGAGACAUUUUUGUUGGCCUUCCUCACUGCUAAGAUUGAGCAUAAAAAUCGAAAAUUGAGAGAGGAGGCGGAGAAGAAUAUUCUGACGGUCAUGAAGAAAGAGCAGCUGUUGCGUGCACAAGUGAAUUGCAAGAAACGACAGUGUAUGCUUCUGGAAAAACAGAAACAAAUCAACAAUUUACUGGACUUACAGAUUGAGGCUUUAGGCCCUAUUGCUGCUGUAUCAAACAAGUUUUCAGAGGAGUACAAGUCUUUUGCCACAGCAAUUGAUGCCACAAGGCACAAGCUCCCUGUGAAGAAUGUGCACAUUGGAGAGGACACGGGGCAGUUCUUAGACAAAGCAGUUGGAUGUCUGAAUGAGAGUGAGCGUGACUUGCAACAGUAUACACAGGACAUUACCACAGAUUGUGAGGCAUCAGCAGAGUGUCUUGGAGAGAUGAAGAAAUCAGGACACGAGAUCAGCCAGCAGUUGACAAAGACAUUUUCUGAACUGCUGGAGGUGUCUUCAUUAGUAAGACAUGAGAAAGUUCUAGUCCAGACAUCACUGGAGGAAGACCAGAUGGGAAAGAACACCGUACAGACUCUCUUCUGUUCCUCCAUGUCAUGAUACAAAUCAAAGUAUUAAAGAUGUUUUCUUGCAUUAUGUCAUUGUUUCAGGAUUGUCAUUGAUUACAAUGAUUACUAGGCCUUAGCUUCUGGGGCUUAUGCUGCUGUCAGUUUUUAUCUGAAUUAUCGUAAACCUUUUCCCACUCAGAUGUUGCACAUGAACGACCAUUCAAGUCAUAAUUACUACUGGGAAACUUUGAGAUAAUUUUGAUACCUGAGUUUCCGAGUUGGCAGGAGUCAAAGUUUCAACAUGGCAGAGAAGAGUACAGUCUCUUUAGUGAAUGACAGGUUUUAUAAAUUUUUCUAAAUAUAGCUAAUUGUUGGCACUUUUCAGUCAUAUUCUGUAAUGUAUAUCAUCAGCUGUUUGAUGCAUGUUGUACAUUUUUAAACUGUAAAAAAAAGCUUCUAGUUGACCAAUUUCAUUAUCGUCAGCAAGCUGAGUAAUAUGUAUUAUGGUGUCAAAAUAAAAGUUC